AUGGACGGUCGCCCACCCCUUCCUUCAUCUUCUUCUUCAUAUUCUGACCCGUUUCGCGACAACAACCGCCCUCGUCCUCAUUUCCAAGACCAGCAACCGCCAUACCCAACCCCUCAAUUCAACGAGUCUUCUGCAACCUUGCAGCAACACGACUAUGGCCACCCUGACCAGUACGACGAUGACGAUUUUGUCGAGAAACAGCCCUUAGCGUCCGGUGGAGACGGCUUUGCAGGUGGUUUUUAUCCUCCAGGCCCCAUUGACCCCAACGCCUAUGGGGACCCAUACGGUCGCCCCGCUUCUAUAGUGUCAUCUUCGACGGCGACGGACAAUGGGUGGCGCCGACGUCAGACUAUCAAGCGCGACCGUGCAGUGACGCGUAAAGUCAAGCUGACCAACGGCAAUUUCAUUGCUGAGUAUGCGGUCCCCACUGCCAUCCACAGCGCCAUUGAGGCGCAGUACCGCCAGGGCAACACGACCGAGUUCUCGCAUAUGCGUUACACUGCCGCAACAGUCGAUCCCGACGAGUUCAACGAAGCGAACGGCUACUCGCUCCGCACGAAGAUGUAUAAUCGCAGCACUGAGAUCCUCAUUGCGGUAACGAGCUACAACGAAGACAAGACCCUUUAUGCUCGCACUCUGCAUGGCGUCAUGCUUAACAUUCGUGACAUUUGCAAGACCAAGCAGUCCAAGUUUUGGCGCCGUCAGGCUGAAGAAGGCAAUCCCGGCUGGCAGAAGAUUGUCGUUGCGCUCAUUGUUGAUGGUCUUGAGGCUAUGGACAAGAGUGUUCUCGAUAUCUUGGCAACCGUUGGCGUAUACCAGGAUGGUAUCAUGAAGAAGGAAAUUGACACCAAGUCUACUGUUGCUCACAUUUUUGAGUACACGACUCAACUUUCUAUCGACGCAACUCCGCAGCUUGUGCUUCCGCAACCCAACGAUGCGAACAACCUUGUCCCAGUCCAGAUCAUUUUCGUUCUCAAAGCGAAGAAUCAAAAGAAAAUCAACUCGCAUCGUUGGUUGUUCAACGCGAUAGGAAAAAUGCUCAGUCCUGAAACGUGCGUUCUAAUCGACGCGGGAACCAAACCCGGGCACAAGUCAAUCUAUUACCUUUGGGAAGCCUUUUACAAUGACCCCAACCUCGGUGGAUGCUGUGGAGAAAUUCACGCCAUGAUCAAGGGCGGAAAGAAACUCCUCAACCCUCUAGUGGCCGCUCAAAACUUUGAGUACAAAAUGUCCAACAUUCUUGAUAAGCCGCUUGAGAGUAGCUUUGGCUACGUUUCCGUGUUGCCUGGUGCUUUCUCUGCUUACCGGUACCGCGCAAUAUUAGGAAGACCGCUUGAGCAGUACUUCCAUGGAGACCACUCCCUGGCUGACCGUCUUGGUCCCAAGGGUAUCUACGGGAUGAACAUCUUCACAAAGAACAUGUUCCUUGCGGAGGAUCGUAUUCUUUGUUUCGAGCUUGUUGCCAAAGCUGGAGAUCGCUGGGUUCUGACUUAUGUGAAGCCAAGCAAAGCUGAAACGGAUGUGCCCGAAAGUGCCGUAGAACUGAUUGGUCAACGUCGACGUUGGCUCAAUGGUUCAUUUGCUGCCUCAGUUUAUGCUCUCGUCAAUUUCUUCAUGUUCUACCGAUCCGGCCAUGGCAUCAUUCGCAUGUUCUUCUUGCACGUCCAAGCACUUUACAAUAUCUUCUCCCUCAUCUUCUCGUGGUUUGCCUUAGCGAACCUGUGGCUUACGUUCAGCAUCAUCAUCGACUUACUCCCCACCCAAAAUAUCAUCAUCUUCGGCACUCCAGAUAUCACCCAUUGGGUGAACAACGGGUUCAAAUGGCUUUACCUCUCAUUCCUGGCACUUCAAUUCGUCUUGGCUCUGGGUAAUCGACCGAAAGGUGAACGAAUGGCAUAUGUCAUCACACUAUAUGUCUAUGCACUCCUUGCGAUGUACCUUCUCGUCUGUUCAUUCUGGCUCACCGGGAAAGCCUUUGCAAACAUCCCCAAGGAAUUGGCAAAUAAAACCACGUCGCAGGUCAUCGCAACAUUCUUCAAACCGCCAGUAGGAGCUUUGAUAGCGGCUAUGGUGUCCACCUUUGGUAUCUAUGCGAUCGCAUCAUUCCUUUACCGCGACCCCUGGCAUUUAUUCACGUCUUUCUUCCCUUACCUCUUGCUUGCGCCGAGCUUCACCAACGUUCUCAAUGUCUACGCGUUCUGCAACCUGCAUGAUGUCUCGUGGGGUACCAAGGGUAGUGACAAGGCGGAAGUAUUGCCUUCCGUCGUUUCCUCCAAGAAGCAGGAUGAGACCGCCGUCGUUGAGGACAUGACGGCCAAUCAAGAGGGUAUCGAUGCCGCCUUCAAGGAGACGGUAACCCGUGCUAUCACCAAGGUGGAGACCAAGGAGGUUGUCGAGAAACCAACGAUGGAUGACGAAAACAAAACUUUCCGAACGCGUCUUGUCGCUGCCUGGAUGCUAUCUAACGCCACCUUGGCUAUCGCUAUCGAGAACUUGAACGGGCUCCAGAGCCCUGACGCAAGAGCGAACGAAGCACAACUGAUUCGCAAGCAGAACGUUUACUUUGCCAUCAUCUUGUACUCAACAUUUGCUCUUGCACUUGUUCGCUUUAUGGGGUGCUUAUUCUACUUCUUCAAGCGCAACCUCUUCAGAUGUUGCCGGAGAAACUGA